AUGAAUGAUUUAAAUAUCAAUGUACAACAUGUAGAAUUUACUGAAGAUUCCAUAAAUAAUGAUAUUGUAAAGAAUGAUAAACAUUUUUAUUCAAUGAAAGAACAAAAUUAUAGUUUUACAGUUUGUAUUAUGAAUAUUAGGAAUCAAGAUGAUCUUACACAACUUAAAGUUAAUAUAAGAACAUGUGGCACACUUAUAUAUGGUAUAAUAAUACAAUAUCCUAUAGUAUCGGAAAUUCCAAACAAUGAAAAACAACUUGGAAAUUAUUGUAAAAAAUUAAUUGCAAUAAAUUAUUUAGGAGUUGAUGAUGGACAAUUUCAAAAAAAUCAUAACUUUGAAAUACCAACAAUUCGUCAAGCUUUUGAUAGUAAAAUGAAAAUUGCUUUUACAACUAAUCAAUUACAAUUAUUAAUAUUUCAUUUAUUUUUUAUGGAUCGUCGAGCAUUAACUACUGAAGCUAUUCGAUCGGUAGUAUAUCAAGCUGAUUUAGCUGCAUUAGAUCCUAGAGAUUUAUUUUAUAAUGAUGAUGAGUAA